AAUAACUCAAAUCGAAGAAAUCAGGGCGGAGCAAGCGGAGGGGAGAAGAGCAGAUUCACAAAGUAGCGACUGGAAUCGCCGCAAAUCGGUGUUGCCAAAUCCUGCAGCGAUCGAAAAUGGCGGAGGAUUUGGUUUUGGAUACAGCCAUCAGAGACUGGGUGCUGAUUCCGCUCUCCGUGGUUAUGGUGCUCAUCGGAGUGCUUCGCUACUUCGUCUCGAAGCUCAUGCGAUCCGAUCAAGUUCCCGACCUCAAAGUCGUCAAAGAAGGGCAAGUGGUGGUUAGAGCAAGAAAUCUUAGGGCAGCUGCGAAUUUUAUCCCCGCAAAGUCGUUCCGUGCUCGUAGGUUCUACUAUAGUAAUGAGGAGAAUGGAUUGCUAUUUGUGCCCAAGGGCCAAGCUCAGAAUGCACAGGCACAAAUGUUUUCGGAUCCCAACAUGGCAAUGGAUAUGAUGAAGAAAAAUCUUUCAAUGAUCAUACCACAGACGCUUACUUUUGCUUGGGUUAACUUUUUCUUCUCUGGAUUCGUGGCAGCAAAAAUUCCAUUUCCGCUCACCCAGAGAUUUAGAGCAAUGUUGCAAAACGGCAUAGACUUGAGCACCGUUGAUGUCAGCUAUGUUAGCAGUCGUUCAUGGUACUUCCUCAAUCUAUUUGGGCUAAGGGGUCUUUUUAGCCUUAUACUCGGAGAGGAUAAUGCAACUGAUGAUGCGCAGCGAAUGAUGCAAAUGGGCGGUGGUGGAUUUGGAUUUGACCCAACAAGGAGCUUAGGCGCAGAGAAAGACAGUCUAGACAUUGUUCAACACGAAUGGGCUUUGCCAAAAUUCGAGCAACGAGCCACAGCUGUACUGAAGAAGCUCGUAGCCGAGAAAUAAAGCAACAAUCCUCUGUCCCCCCACGCAAAAACUUCAUCGGCGCCUGUCUUGACCAUCAUCAGCCGAGAAGUUAGAGCUGCAGGAAUUCCUGGGCAUCUCCUAAAUCUGUAAGUUCUAUUCAUAUUAUGAAACCUUCCUAACAGGGAUUUGCAUACGUGCAUUCUUGCCAGACCUCUGUAUUUAGAUGUAAUAUGAUGAUAUUACACUCUGCUUUUACCCUUGGAUGAAAUUAAUUGGGGAACUUAAAGGUUGUAUUUA